UGGAAAAGCACGCAGUUUGAAUUCAAACUGACCAAUGGGAGUAGAGACCACAAACGGUAGCGCACCGGUUGGAAGAUGUCGGAAUCUCGGGACACAAGCUGUAACAUAGUCAUCAGCAAUGAACCAUUAUUCAGCAGAAAGCCCAUCAUAUUCAACCCCGACUUCUUUGUAGAGAAACUUCGCCAUGAGAAGCCAGAGGUGUUUCUAGAACUGGUUGUGAGCAACCUAACACGUCUCAUCGACCUUCCUGGGACUGAGUUUGCCCAGCUGAUUGGUGAGGAGGAGCCCUGUUUACCGAGCAGCACCAGUUCCAGUUUCUUCCGCUCAUUUAAUUUCCUGAAACGUAAAGAGAAGGGAGUUGUGUUUGGAGCUCCACUAACAGAAGAAGGAAUUGCUCAGGUUUAUCAGCUCAUCGAAUAUCUCUACAAAAAUCUCCACGUGGAGGGUCUUUUUCGUAUUCCUGGGAACAGCAUGCGACUGCAGUGCCUGAAAGAAGCUUUAAACAGUGGAAUAGAUGUAGAUCUGAAUUCUGGAGAGUUUCAUCCAAAUGAUGUAGCAACUUUAUUGAAAAUGUUCCUUGGAGAAUUACCAGAACCUCUGCUCAGUCAUAGACAUUAUAAUGCUCAUCUCAAAAUAGCAGAUCUAAUGGUGUUUGAUAUGAAAGGGAAGAAGACUGUUCCUGACAAGGAGCGUAAAAUUGAAGCUCUACAGCUACUCUUCCUGUUGUUGCCUUCAGCCAAUCGGAACCUGCUGAAGUUACUACUGGAUCUUCUUUAUCAAACUGCCAAACUGCAGGACAAGAACAAGAUGUCUGCCUACAACCUGGCACUUAUGUUUGCUCCACACAUUCUCUGGCCCAGGAAUUUGAUGGCUGCAGACCUUCAAGAAAACAUCACCAAACUGAAUAACAGCACAGCAUUUCUAAUUAAACACUCGCAGAAGCUUUUCCGGGCACCAGCAUAUAUUCGAGAACUUGCCAGAUUGCAGUUCACAGGAUCAAAACUUUCAAUGAUCAGAGACGAUCUGGAUUUAUUGCCAGCUCAAGAUUGCCCGGAUUUGCUCAUUAUGAAAAGUGCAAAGCGGAAUGGGUUGCAUUCAGUUUCAAGAUUCAAGGAGGAAACGCAGCAGCAUACAGAGGAGGCCCUAAAGGAACUUUUUAAACAUGUCAGCAAUAUGCCCAACUCUGCCAAGAAGAGAAAAUUUGUGAGACAGUUUCAUAAAAGCUCAGUGGCUGGUACUCCUGAAGGAUUCAUUUCACCAAAACCAGAGAAACACAUGCGCUCCAAGUCUUUUGGCGGUCGUAUUAAGCGUAAAGUUUUGGGUGGUCAGCAUAUUUCUGAAAGAAGAAGCAAAAACCCAACCCCAGAUAAAGUGACUGAAAGCCAUGGAUACCCUCAAGUGGAUGACGUGGAGAACCUCAAGCAGAAGUGCGUGGAAUCAGCAGCCCUGCACUUCAGUCGUAUCCGGUCAAAGUCCACAGAUGAAAUCCUCGAUGGCAGAAAGGAAACCCUUGGAGUGAACCAAAUAAUCACAACCAGGGAAUCGGCCAUGUAAUUCAGUCUUCCUCCCCCUUCAAAAUGUCUCAAACUGUGAAACUGGAUAUGUCCAACAGAAUCACGAAGAACCACUAACUGCCCAUUGGAACUGAAAAGUUGGAUGUUUGGAAAGACUAUUAGUUUCAACAACCUGUGUAAAAGUUUAUAGUCAGGCUACUUCCAAUUUGCAAAGAUGCUGCCUCAUUUAAUGGGGAGGCCAGUCUACAGAUCAGGUAAUGGUGAAAUUCUCACAGGCUAUUUGAGUGCAAAUGAACAAGAACCAGCCAGACCCUGGGAUGGGAACUAUAGAAGAUGCAAGUUGUCGAAAGAUGCGGCUGUUACUGGUUGGUCCUAACCUGCUGGCUUGCAACGUAUUUAUUUCAGACAUUUGAUAAUUAUUGGUCUUACUCCAUCAAGCCAUUCAUCCACAUCCAGCUCUAGUAGGAACCCUGUCCCAUCAGGUGUUUGAUUUGUAACAAGCCAAAAACCUCAGGAAGGGGUUGUAAAAGGCAAUGACAAAUGAUUGAGAUUAUAUUUUGUGCCUUCAGUAAUUCUGCAGUUAUUUAGUUUUAAUAGCACAAUAUUCCAAUGGUUAUUAUGAGAGUGUGUAAUUCCUCUGCAGCCUGUGGUAAAUUAUGCCAAGAAACAAUUAUAUUUGAGUCAGUAGGAAGGAAAGUAGCAUGGGGGUAAAAUUGAAUGUUGAGCAACUUUAAGGUUUGUUGGUUAUGUGGAAGAAACCAUUAACAAGAGAAAAUCAUUUUUUUCUGAAUGAAUUUGACUAAAGUUUAUCUUCAAAUUAGCCAGAUUCCUCUUUUUUUAACAUUUUUGUUAUUUAAACCCUGUUACAUGUGACUCUUUUACUGUAGCCAUUCAGUCACUGACUGUAGGAGAGAAAGAUAGACCACGGAAUUAAACUGUAUCAAUUAUCAUCUUGAACCUAGACACAGCUGGGAGGAGUGGUUAACUCUAUCACUGAGCUCAGCAGAUGAAAUUGACAGAUUGGACUAUUUUUCUAAGUAGUUUCUGAUAAUAUUUGAGUUGCACUGGGUGGUAGAUACUCAGAAUCAAGGCUGCAAAAUCUCUAAGAAUGAGUGUGCAAAGAAUAGUCAGUAAUCGAGAAUCACCAAAGGAAUUGAAUGUGAUUUUUUCUGUAUGUCACAAAUAUCAUUUUAAAUAUUAAUGUCCUUAUAUUUAUGUAUAAUAUAUUAAUGUUUUAUAGUUUUGUUGCCUUAUUAUCCAGACCAUAUUUUGACAAGAAAUCAAUGCAUCACAUCACUUCAUUUCCUGGCUUUCUGUAAUUCUAGCUGCAAACAAAAUCAUUCAUUGAUCUGAUGUUUAGUGCCAGAAGUAAAAACACUGCGAACAUUUUACUUAAUUCCACCCACCACCACCAACAAGUAGCACCUUUCUGAGCAUACAUUCCUUAGUAUAGUACAGUGCCAGUGUUGUAUUGAAGGGAUGCUGUAUGAAGUGAGAUAUCCAGUCUCUGCCCUGGUGAUUAACAUUAUUCCCAGAACUGUGUAUUUUGCUCAUAUUCAUAUAGGCAAAGGUUUUACCUCAACGGUCAUUGUUUUAUCCUUUUAUUUUACAAACAGCAUCAGGAACAAUAUAUAUAUACAUAUUCAGUUGAACAGAAAAUCCUGGAGUGGUUUCACUAAAGGGUUACCACUUUCACUGCAUGUUUGUUGCAUACUGGCCCUGGGCCAUGACUCAGUAUCAAUAGUACCUGCUCCAUCCCAAAGAGUUCCAAGCAAAUCGUUAUACCUGGUUUUUUUUUAAAAAAAGGAAGCUCUUCACUAAAUCACUGGAACAAGAGUUCAGAAAAGUCAGUGUGCUAUUACAAUGGUGCUAAAGCCAACACAACUUCAUUUCAAGAAACAAAGGACUGUUCUUGAGUUUGGACAACCACAGAAUUAUGGAUUUUGAUCCAAUCAAUCAGUUUUUGUCAUGGCCCUUUGCACUUUCUUGGAAAUGGAGAGCAAGUUCCAUAUUGUAUAAAACACCACAGCAGGACUGCGCCCCUGGCCAAGCUCAUUUAUGUCCACACCAGCUGUUCUCACCCUGAGAUUGGUCCUGACAGCUUGGGUCUUGUUUUACUCAACAAAUCAACACUAUGCCUGUAAAAUGUACACUUAGUAAACCAGGGAGCUGUAGCCUGUGCAGUUAUUGAUAAUCUACCAUUGCCCCUUGGAAGGAUUAAAAAAAACAAUUCUUGUUAGUUUAUCAAAUCAUUGUUGAAUGAACAGCUGCAGACAACUGGAAACAAGGGCAGCAAGCCAGGUUCAAAGCAACAGCAUGAUUCAGGCUGGUAUUUAAAAAACACAAAAGCAGAAGACCUCAUCUCUCAACAAUUAGCAGUCCUCCAGAUUAAAACCCAUUAAUAAAACAGCAGCAUCAGGAAAACAGACCUAACCAGUGAAGUUUGAUACUUUGGAGAUUGUAAACUUUGUACAAGGCAGCUAUGAAUGUUUUUUUGCUCAAGCAUAAAGAUUAGAUCACACUAAAAUUGUUUCAGGGGCUAUACAAAAGUGGCAGUAAAGCAGAGGGUCCGGAAAUAAUUAUUUAAACCAGAUCUGGUUAAUAAACAGCAAAUAGCUGCCACAUCAGCCUCAGAGAAAGGUUUAUGCUGGUUGAACCUGCCACCUAAAAGGACAUACAUCGUGACCCUUAUGAAAAUACCAAGAGUACAAUUAACAUUGUUUCUUAGAAACACCAAAUGUACCGAAAAACACAAUUCUGUGGCUCAUCAGUAUCCUUGGUCGCUUAGGAACUUACAUGGGUGUUCAUGAGUAGGGCAAGUAAUCAAUCAAUGAAAUGGGAGCAUAGUAAAAUCUGAACGAUGGAACAAAUUCAGACAAAAGCUAGGCUACACAUUGGCAAGAGGUAAAUAUUCUGCAAAGUGCAAAAUAAAACAACUGGUCUGCUUCAGUUCAAACAGCAGCCCUGACAUCAGCCAAACCAGAGGCGCAUGAAUACAUCUGCACUUGCAGAUUAAUUUAUAAAAUUGUCACACAGAACAAGGGUCAAAAAUGGGAACAAUGUUAACAGCUUCUGAACAACACUCCUACUAAGUUCUACAUGUGCAGUACUGCACAACAGCUUGUAAGGUAUGCCAAUAACCUUGUUCUAGUGAAAUACCUUUAAAACUUUCAAGCAAACUAGUCCUGUGCAACAACAGAGAACAGUGGUGUUAACCAACAGAUCAAUAGAUACAUAAGGCAGCAUUUUGAAUACAAUAAUAUAAUUAGUGAUAGUUCAAUCUUUCACACCAGCUUUUUUUU